UUUAAGUCCCGACAAUCUCGAACGCCGGUGCAGUGUCUCGCGGAUAAAUAACUCCGCCAAAACGCAGUCACUGUGCUACUGAGGAGCUCUGCGGCGAAAUCAAAACCCGAAGUUUUGAAUUUUCUGGCGAAAAUGGGCAAGUCUUCGAACUCGUGCUUGAAGAUCAUUACUUGUGGAGCUGGAGAUUCCAGUGAUAACGAAGAACUCGCUCCAUCUGAGACAAAAAGUUCUUUAGAUAAGCGCAGAUGGAGUUUCCGUAAGAAAUCUGCAGGCCAUCGUGUUCUAAGCAACAGUGUGAAUUCUGAACCAGUCUCUACUGCCUUUAACAAAGAAACACUAGAGACUACUCCCGCUACUUUUGAUUCACCUAUACAUUUAAGCAUCCCGGAAAAAACCCGUGCUGAAGAUAAACAAAGAGAAACAUCCCCCUUACCAUCAGCUGUAUUUAAUUCGGAAGAAGCUAAUACACAGGUCUCUGAUAGAAAUACUCCUCUUGAUGACAAGAAGCAGGACUCUGUUGCUGUAGUCAUUCAGGCCAGUGUCCGCAGAUACUUGGCUCGGAAAGAACUAGUAAAACUUAAGAAUGUUGUCAAAUUGCAAUCUGCUAUUCGUGGGCAUCUUAUCAGAAGGGAAGCUGUUGAAACUUUGCGGCUUUCUCAAGCAAUUGUUAAAUUUCAAGCACUUGUAAGGGUUCGCCUUGCAUGCCAAUUGGUUCAGAAAUCAGCUACCAAAGAGUUUAAGAAGCCAGGAUCUGCACUUCUGGGGAAGGGCAACAGGGGAAAAACACAUUCAUCAAUCCAGAUAAUACUUUCCAAUGGUUUCGCACAGCAGCUUUUGGAGUCAAUGCCAAAGACGAAAACCUUUCACAUUAAAUGUGAUUUUUCAAGCUCUGAUUCUUCGUGGAGAUGGUUGGAGAGAUGGAUGACUGUAACAUCAUCAUCUAUACACGAGCAUAAGUUACCUCUGGACAACCAAGAAGUGCUUGAAGAAGAUACCAAUCCGGCCACUCGUAGACUAUCAAAUGAGGUUAUGGCGACACAAGUUUCAGCAAAACCAGAAGUUACUGAUGGAGAUUUGAUGAAUAAUACAUUCGGUAGCUUUGAGUUCAAAGCUCCAUUCAGUUGCUCAAGUUCCGCAGACAAGUAUGAGCAAGAUGAGGAUCAGUUCUUCAAUGCGAUAAAAUCUAACCAUACAAAGACUGAAGAUAUUGUCGUGCAAGAAUCCUCGUUUUGUUUCUCUGAUCAUAAACCUUUGCAUUCACAUGAAAAUGAGAUUUCACAUCCAUUGCGGGAUGUUGAAUCUGCAAUUGAAAUCAAUACAAGCGAAAAACAUGACGAUGGAAGAGAACCGUCAGAGACUGAAGGAAAAAGGUUUGCUUUUGGUUCGAGAAGGACUUGCAAUCCUGCAUUUAUUGCUGCACAGUCUAAAUUUGAAGAGCUGAGCUCUGCUCAAAGUGCGAGUAGGUCUAUACAAUCAAAAUCAGAUAGUGUUCAUUCCCAAGUGAAUGUUUCUUCGAUAAAGACCAAGGAUCAUACUUUGUUAGAAAUUUCUACUGCUGAUUCAAGAAUUCAAAUGGCUUCCUCUGAAUGUGGUACUGAAAUUUCCAUCUCCUCUACGCUGGACUCGCCUGACAGAUCAGAAGCAGAAGGUGGUGAAAUUGUUCUUGAAAUUGGACCUGUUGAGAAAGAAAACUAUGCUGCCAAUCGUAGUGAUGGUAAUAUGUUUAAUUAUGAAAAAAAUCUGAAUGCUGAAGCAAAUAAGAUCGACACAAACAAAUAGAAGGUGAUGGAAAUUAAUGCUGGUUUGGUCGGUAUCGGUGAUUCAGUAGUCCAAGUGGAGAAACAACAAAUAGAACCUACCAGUUCGGACUUACAGACUCAUCUGGAGCACAUUGGAGAUCAACCGGUUUACAGAUCAUCACCAGAAGGAUCUCCAAGAAGCCAUGCCACCGUUUUGGAGUCUCAUGGAACUCCUUCAAGCCAGAUAUCAGUUGGGACUAAAAAGAGCAAGAAAGACAACAAUAUGCCUGCUCGAAAACACAAGUCACAAACAGCAGUGACAAGAUCACCGUCUACACCAAACAGUGAUUCAAGUAGCAGGGAACAAAAGUCGAAGGAUACCAAGAAUCGAAAAAAGAGGAGUUCACUCCCUAAUGUACCUAAACCUGACACUGUUGAGCAUGAGCCAAGAAUCAGCAGUAGCAAUGCUCUUCCGAGUUAUAUGCAAGCCACCAAGUCUGCACGGGCCAAGGCACAUACAAGCAUCUCCCCGAAAUCAAGCCCGGACACACAUGAUAAUGACCACCUGCAGAAGAGGCAUUCCUUACCUAUGGCAAACGGAAAACAAGACUCAUCUCCGCGCAUACAGAGAUCAACAUCUCAAGCGCAAAAUGCUAAAGGCAAUGCUACUCAUUCCCCUCACAAUUCUGCUGAGAGGCGAUGGCAGAGAUGAAGAGCUCAUGCUUAAACUGCAAGCUCGAUGACAACAAAUCACCGAUUAAAGAUCGGGCGAUGUUUGAUCUUUGGUUCUGCCAAGUUUAUAUGAAUCAUUGUGAUGAAAAUCGGGCAUGGAAAAAUACCUGUAAAUUGAUUGUUCAAUCAGUCCCGGAAGAGUACUAUGUUUGCUUGAUUUUUGUGUAUGUUCAUGUGGCAGAAGGUUUGUAUCUGCUACAAAUAGAGACAUUGAAUCUGUGUCUUGCAUAAGAUUAUGAUGUAAUUUACUUGGAUUCUGGAACUUCUGGGUUUUGGUUUUCAUAAACUUAGUUUGUGCUUUGCACAGUUUCUGGAAGUUUUGGGAUUUGAUUUGUAAUAAAACUUAUAUUUGAGUUUCUUUGUGUUUCAAUUGUU